CGCACUAGGGAGGCUGGCAAUGCUAAAAGGGCUCGGCUUGAGGGCUGCGGCGUCAGUGCGACUGCGCGCCAGCCGAGUGCCGCGGUUCUUGACUUCGCCGCGCCGGGUGUCGGAGGUAGCCAUGCAGAGAGCAGAGCCGGAGCAGCCUGCUAAGCGGCCCCGCUGCGAUGGCAGCCCGAGGACUCCACCGAGCACCCGUCCUGCAGCGACGAGCGCGUCUCCGUACUUGGACAUCCGAAAGUGGGAGCCCGAGGACGUGUGCUCCUUCUUAAAGGAGUGUGGCUUCCGAGAGGAGAAAGUGCUGGACAGCUUCAGAGGAAAUAAAGUCAAUGGCUCAUUUCUGCCCUUUUUGGAUGAGAAAAGUCUGGAAAAUCUGGGAGUAAGUUCCUCGGAAGAGAGGAAGAAGAUGAUUGACUGUAUCAAAACACUGCCUCAAUCUCACAUUGAUCUAAUGAAGGUGUUUAAUGAUCCCAUUCAUGGCCACAUUGAGUUCCACCCGCUCCUCAUCCGAAUCAUCGACACGCCCCAGUUCCAGCGGCUCCGAUACAUCAAGCAGCUGGGAGGCGGCUACUAUGUCUUCCCCGGAGCUUCUCACAACCGGUUUGAACACAGUCUCGGGGUGGGGUACCUGGCAGGAUGCCUUGUACGAGCACUCGCUAAAAAACAGCCAGAGCUGCAGAUCAGUGAGCGGGAUAUUCUCUGCGUUCAGAUUGCGGGACUGUGCCACGACCUCGGUCAUGGGCCAUUUUCUCAUAUGUUUGAUGGAAGAUUUAUCCCGAUUGCUCGCCCAGAUAAAAAGUGGAGGCACGAACAGGGCUCGGUUGAGAUGUUUAAGCAUCUGGUUAAUUCUAACGGACUCACAGUUGCCAUGAAAAACUAUGGUCUCGACCCUGAAGAAGAUAUUACCUUUAUCAAGGAACAAAUUAUGGGGCCACCUGAAACACCUGUCAAAGAGCAUUCGUGGCCAUAUAAGGGACGCCCUGCCAAGAAGAGCUUCCUCUAUGAGAUAGUGGCUAACAAGAGAAGUGGCAUUGAUGUGGACAAGUGGGAUUACUUUGCCAGGGACGGUCACCAUCUCGGAAUCCAAAAUAACUUUGAUUACAAGCGCUUUGUUAAGUUUGCACGCGUCUGUGAAGUGGGGGACAAGAAGCACAUUUGUACAAGAGAAAAGGAGGUUGGAAAUCUCUACGACAUGUUCCACACACGCAACCGCCUGCACCGCAGAGCCUACCAGCACAAGAUCAGCAACCUCAUCGAUAUGAUGAUCACGGAAGCUCUCCUCAAAGCAGACCCCUACGUGGAGAUUAUAGGGACUGCCGGGAAGAAGUUUCGUAUUUCCACGGCCAUUGACGACAUGGAAGCCUUCACCAAGCUGACAGAUAACAUUUUCUUGGAGAUUUUAUACUCUACUGACCCGAACUUGUCUGAGGCACAAAGUAUUUUAAGGAACAUUGAACACCGUAAUCUAUACAAGUAUUUGGGUGAGACCCAGCCAAAAAGCCAGAAGAUUGCAAAGGAAGAAUAUGAACAGCUUCCCCAAGAGAUUGCUAAUGCCAAACCUGUCGUCACACCUGACACCAAACCUGAUGCCGUGCUACUGGGUGCCAACCUGAAGGCGGAAGAUUUUAUAGUGGAUGUUAUCAGCAUGGAUUACGGGAUGGAAGACAAGAAUCCAAUAGAUAAUGUUUACUUCUAUUCUAAGAGUGACAGCAAGAAAGCAUUCACGAUCUCCAAAGAUCAGGUGUCACAACUGCUGCCACAGAAAUUUGCAGAGCAGCUCAUUCGAGUGUACUGUAAGAAGAAAGACAACAAGAGCAUUCAUGAUGCCUGGCAGUAUUACUCAGUGGUGUGCGGACAGGGACUUCACCAAGCCGCAGCAAUAUGGGGCACUUCCAGAGGACCCAGGUUCAAAACCCAGCAACCAGCACCCACACGGCGGCUCACAACCAGCUGUAACUCCAGUUCCAGAGGAUCCGAUGCCCUCUUCUGGCCUCUGAUGGUGACAUUAUAGCUCCACUUAUAACACCUCUGAAAUGGAAUAAAAAUAAUUCAUCUUGUCGCCAAGAAGCAUCCAAAGCCAGAAUAUGUCUAAAUUUUAAGUGAAUGCCUGCAACUGGUUCUUUUCAAAAACAUCUUCCCCCUUCAUAAUCAAGUUAGGAAAUAUAAUCAUAGAGCCCACUAGUGAUUUUUAUUUAGCAUUCUGAAUGUAUGUUCAUGCUGAAGGGUAAGUUGUUUUUAUUCAAAAUGAAAAUUUUUCAAUAUAUACUAUGGUGAUUUGAAUAAGAAUGGCCUCCUAAGUGUAUAUAAUUCAGUGUUUAGUCAUCAGGGAAUGGAAGGACUAGGACUUGGUUGAAAGGACUAGAAAGAUCAGGAGGUGUGGCCUUGUUGGAGGAAGUAUGUCACUGGAGGUGGACUUUAAGGUUUCAAAAGUCAAUCUAGUCUCUCCUUUUCUCCAUCCAUCCAUCCCUCUCUCUCUCUGUCCCUAGCUCUCUCCCUUCCUCCGUUCCUCUCCCUCUUUCCCCUCCAUCUCAUCCUCCUUCCUUCCCUCCCUCCCUCUGCCCAUGGAUGAGGAUAUAGCCCCCAAAUACUGCUCCAGCACCAUGCUCUGUGCGAUGAUGAUGGUGAGUUACGCCUCUGAGGCUGUAAGCCAGCCCCCAGUUAACUGCUUCCUUUUAUAAGAGUUGCCUUGGUCAUGGUGUCUCUUGACAGCACUAGACACGUACCAUGAAAAGCAUUAGCUUAUGUAUUUUUAACAUUAAUCGAAGCCUUUCUCCUUUAGCAACCUAUUUUUUUCAGGAUAACUCUCCCAUCUAUUCUGAACUCUUGGGACAAAUAACUGAUUUUAAUUUAGAAAUUGAGACAAGGGCACAGGUUAGAAUUCAAGGUUGAAACUGCCAUGCACCGUGUGGUUAAAAAAAAUAAACCAAAUCCUACCCCUCCCCACCUUGAAGAGGUGCCCGUCACCCUGUUCCCCCCAGGAAAGAAAGCUACCACUCCCAGCCCUUUAGGUGCCAGGCUGGGGAGCAUGAGGAGCCGCUGAGAGUGUGGCAGGCGAGUACUUUACCACUGACCUCAGCUGCACCCCAGUCUUCCUAGUACAGCUCCCCCUGCCCUCACACCAGGCACCUCACACCAGGCUCUCCUGAGACUGUUGUGACUCCAGACAAGAUCAGCUUCUUCGCACCUGAAAUCACUCCAGCUCCAAGGGACACACCCUUGCCAGCCAGGGGACAGACUUCCACCUCAUCUGAGUUGAACUGGUCAGCUGCUCUGAGAGCACAGACCCCACCCUCUGGCUGCUCUCGCCCAGGACCUCACCUCGCCUGCCUCAGUGUGUGUACAGGUUUCAGAACAUUCUGGACUGCCUUUGUGAGUCCAGCGGCUGCCCAUUGGGCCCUCGGUUCCCUGUGUGGCCUCUGGACCCACUGUGGCUCCCCCUGCUGCUCCCCUCGCCCCCACUCUGCACAGCUUCACCAAGAACUGAGUCCUGUUGUGGAGCCAAGGGUGGUCACCAGAAAUGCUGGUGGCCACAGGCGGUAGGGACAGAGGCAGGAGCUGCAGGUUGGCAUCUCAGUGAUGAUGAGUGAGAUGGCAGCCCAGGCAGUGGGCAGCUCGAGUUCACCAGCUGUGCCCCCUCUCCUGGGUGGCCAGGUUCACUUUUGUCCACUCGUGGGUGAAGAAUAUUGGUGUGAGUGUCCCUAUGGGCUCAGAAAUGCACAAGAGAGGUACCAGCUUACCCCGCUGUCCGUGGUGCCUCUGUAACUCAGGGAGCCGGCCAGAGCCCCCUCUUCGUGUACACAGAGUCAAGAUGAAGAACUGUAUAUUUUUCUGCUGAUGUUGUUGUUGUUUUGCCAGUCUGUUUUUUAACCAUUAGAGUUUAUUCUGGAAUUUUGUAGUCCUAAUCUUGUACUAUGCCAUCUGGGAAACAGUUUUGACCCCUUUUAUGCACAAGCAGCUGUGUCUGUGCCUUUGAAGCUGUUUUCAUUGUGUGUACCUAUGUCAUUUACAAGACCACAUAAAAAUGGAGAUUUUUAACA